AUGCUGGCACAAUGCUGGCCAACGGGCGUAGAAGAUGCAGAUGAUGCUGCGACAACUACAAGUGUCAGCUUGGCGUCAUCGCCGCUACAACAGCAGCAGCGGCAGCGGCAACGGCUGGCGCAGCAGCGGCCCUUCAUCUCGGUAAUGAACCCCAGCUCUGCAUCCAGCAGCGAUAUACAGAAAUUGUACGAGCAGGCGGCUAACAUUUCCGCCAUCGCCUACCUCCUGUUCGCCUCCGCGGAGCCGCUCUCAUAUGCCCAGGUCGUACUUCAGCUGUAUGCGUCGCUUCCAGAACGCUGCACCUCGCCGGUGGUCAAAGAGCUGUACGGAAUUUCGUGGUACUUGUACGGCUCAUCUCCUGGCCUUCAGGCAUGCCAAUAUGAUCUAUUCCAGUCUCUCAAGGCCAUAUUCUCCUGGGUACGACAAAACACCCCGCUACGGCUGCAGUACAUCCCAGAUCAGCCCCUUGCAACCGCCGCCUGGCCCGACCUGAUCCUGAGGCCCCCCCUGGAGCUCUCCAAAGCCCUGUCUGAGGCGCUGUCAACCCCGGGGGGAGAGUUGGGUAGCGUGGCGGCGGUGGUGGCGGCUCGCUGCGGCAUCACACCUGGCGACCUGGCGGCGCUGGUGCCGCGUAUCUCCGCCGCAUUGGACGGACUCCACGUCGAUCUGGAACUGCUGCAGCAAGUCUCCCGGGGGCUCGCGGCGUCCGGGAUGACAUCAUCCGCUGAUGCGGGCGACGGCGGCGCCGCCUCCUCGAGGCGGAAGGAGGCGGCGGAGGCGGCAGCAGAGGGGCUGAUGCCACGUCAUCCACAUCGACGUCAACAACCAACAGCAAGACCUGCUAAAGACAACGCUCAUGUUUCCAACGAUUUUUCUUCUUCUUCUCCUGCUGCUGGUGCUGGUGCUGCUGCUGAUGAUGAUGAUGACGAUGAUGGUGAUGAUGGUGAUGAUGACGAUGAUGGUGAUGAUGUUUCUGGUAUUAGGAGCAGUCGGCGAAGAACGCAGUCCACAUCGAAGAGCAGCAGCGACAGCGACCCCGUGUAUUUGUUGCCGCCUGGCAUUAACAUGACGCCCGCAGCCGCCAUGCCGGCUCUGCUGAUUCCUCUGGUGUUUCAUGUCAUGCUGUACAAGGACUCCGGAGGCGGUGCGAUCGGGCCCGCAGAUUAUUUGAAGGCGCCUGUAUAUCUGGAUCGUAUGGUUCGACAACUGAACUUGAUGUCCAAACCGACAAAUAUGCAGUUUUUCAUCAAGGAGGUCCGCAACAACGCCGUGAGCCACCCCCGGCUGUUGCUGGCUGACCGAGCUACGUGGCUGAGCCUCCCCUUCUGCCAGGGGUCAACUUGUUUGACCGAUGAUAACUUCGUCAGCGCGCUGCUCUCGGACUGGCCUCGGAGCAUCAACGUGUUCGUGGUCAGCGACGGGACGGCGGGGGGCAACAUACUGGGUUACGCGUACAUAGGGGGCUCCUAUCCCAUCUCCCCCAGCCCCCAGCCCCCAGCCCUUUCCCGUCCAGUUCUUCUCCUCGACACCCUUAACACUAUCUCUCUUUCCUUACUCUUCCAUCGCUUUCUUUUCUUUCUCUCCCUAUCAUAUGAUGUAACAUAUUCUUACAAGAAAUUGUUAUUACUAUUAUUAUUAUUAUUGCUUUUAUUCCGACUACUAUUAUUGGGGCACAACGGUUAUUUUGGCCUGCGGCUGCUUCUACUUAUUGCAGCGUCACACCCGCCGGGUACAACUCGCCCUCGCAGUACAACGCCGGAGCACAGACGCUACUCCACGAAGUACUCCACCAUCUGGGGCUACAACACCCUUUCGGCCGCGACUCAACGUUGGCCGCUGGCUGCAGCGACGAUGACUAUGUCAUUGACACGCCUACCACCCUGGACUGCUGACGCUGGAACAAAGACCAAACCAGGCGGUAUUGUGUUAGUGCUGAAGGAGUCAGGACCCGUAUCCUCUAGUUCGUACUAUUCCACGGCACUGUCGUACUGCAUGGAGCUCUUUUGGGGCCGUGACGGUGGCAACUGGGACGUCGCCUUUCAGCGCCUAAGCAGCGGCCCUUUGGGGAUACCUGAAGCGGAUAUGAACGCCUGGGCUGACUCAUGCCCCACUAGAGCCGGGUACGACGAGCUGGGCAACUACAUGACGUACAACACUGCCGUGUGCUAUGCGGCGCUGGGGCACCUUACUGCGGCGCAGGCGCAACGAGCGCAUUACGUGACGGCGGAGAUGAACCCCGUGCUAUAUGCCUGGGGACAGUACUACGCCAAGACGGGGGUGCCGCCGUCGCAGGCGCCGGGGCUACAAGUAUUAGCGGCGUCACCACCUGAGCCGUACAUGGAUGUCUGCAAGGUCACUGGCACCGGCUGCGCGUGCAAGAGCAAAUGGUCGUACGGUUCAUCCUCGUAUUCGUACUGCGUGCAGCUUGACGAUAAAUCUUCUCGCCUCUGGUGCCAAGUGGAGGACCCCGCGACAUGUUCGAGCUGCACCAACUACCAGACGGCUUGCGUCAUGACCUGCGGAGCCGCCGCGACCCCGACAGUCUGCAAGACACCCCCGUUGCCUGGAGCCAUCUCGCCGCCACCACCGCCACCACGAAUCCAGAUGCGUCCGCUGCCGCCACCGCCACCGCCAAGGGCCGUACCCAGCGCCUGCAAGCCCACAAGCCAUCAUAAGCGGCCGCGGGGGGCCAUUCCCCAAACACAUGUAAUUCAUCCUCCACCGUUCUGCAGUCGCAAAGCCUGCAGGUGCCAGACGGUUCCAACCUGUCCGUCGUACUUCACGGAUCCGUACCAGUGGUGCUCGCCAGCACUCUCCGCAUCGUACUGCCAGAGCGAACCCAUCUACUUCUCUACCAUCCGCAUUCCCCCGCACGACGAUCCAACCUCCUCCCCCGUCAACUCCCCCACCGGCUCCGGCGCCAAGAACUCCUGGUGUCGCCACCCAACGACCACCAGCGCCUCCACCGCCACCAGCACCACCAUUUGCAAAGCCACCGGGAUACCGGGUACCACCACCGCCACCACCACCACCACUACCAUCGUCUCCGUCUCCAAGCAACAGCCGCAACCGUCGCAACGGCUGCCAACGGACUCGGCGGACGGAGAAAUGGAGAUCAUCAGCACCAGCAGCAGCGCUGAGCCCCAUAUUGGACAGCCUCUCGCCAUAGGCGACUGGAGCCAAGGAUUCGAGGAGGAGAACAAUGGUUGCCUUGUGACAACACUUCGCAAGAAGUUGAUGUCGUCGUCCGCUUUCCCUUUCCUGUCCGUCCACCUCGCCAAGAAGCCGCCGUCGUCCUCGUCACAUAUCCCGGCCCCGUUUUACAAUCAUUCAUCGGUUUGCUACAUCCCGCUCCUCCCUCCCUCCCCGGCGUGCUUCUGA